GUAUGUAACAUAUAUACAAAUACAUAUGUAUGCUGACAUUAAUUCUCAUUGUGGUUGUAAUUGCGUUGGGGCUGAUGUUGUUUGACAAAAUAGUACUCAGAUUGGUGAUUAAAUCGGUGGGCUUUGAUAAUAUCCGCGUAUACAUAACACACAUAUAUUUAACUUGCGCGUAUACUUUUGUGAAUGCGUAGGCAAGAGCCUUGACGUUCUGUUACUAGUGUGUCAGUUAUGUGAGGUAAAUUCUCAACUUUAAUACGCGAAAGUAAGUCUGCUCGAAUUAUUUAUCGCUCGCAUCGUCUCUGUUGUUGUUGUUGUUGUUAUUGUUUUUGUUGUUCUUGUUAUUAUUAUACUUGGAAUAAAAUAUAUGUAAGUGCUACAAUGGCCUCGGUACCGGAGAUCAAUGUUUUUAAUGAAGAGAAUGUCAAGCCAAAGAGGUUAAAUCAACAUAUUUCAGCGAUCAUCAUAUCGUUUAGCGGGCUGGCACUUGGAGUUACGAUAGGAUGGAAUUCCAGUGCAGGUGAUACAUUGAGGAAUGUUUUAAAUGCCACAACCACUGAGAUAGGGAUUGUGGGUGGUGUUGUAAAUGCCGGUGCGUGUACCGGUAUUGUGAUGUUGCCAUGCAUUCUCAAAUAUCUCAGUUAUACCUCCAGCAUACUCUCCACCGUCCCUGUUUAUUUGAUUGGAUGGACUUUUAUAUGUCUAGCCGAUCAAAAGGUUUGGUGUCUUAUUUUAGGCAGAUUCUUAUGUGGACUUGCCGGCGGUACUUGUUGCGUUGUAUCGCCUAUUUUUAUAUCCGAAAUAUCGGACAAAAAUACCCGAGUGCGACUGCUGGUUUAUUUUCAACUUCUGAUAAACUUUGGAAUAUUUUAUGCCUUUUUAGUGGCGUACUUUUACGACAAGCAAGACAAUAUUUGGCGUUACAGUUUGAUUUGUGCCGUCAGCUGUGCCCCCAUUAUUUGGAUUACAUUUUUACCCGAAAGCCCGCUUUAUUAUUUAUCAAUAAAUGACGAGCACUCGGCCGCUAAAUCGAUCAAGUGGUAUCGCGGUGACGGGUUCAAUCACGAGCUCGAUCAAUUUAAAAAAAUUAUAAAAACCGAGUCACCCAAAUGCAAGGUAUUAAAAAAUUAUCGAGUAAUCCGGGCAAUAAUCGUGUGUCACAGCGUGAUAAUAAUCCAACAAUUAAGCGGCAUAAAUACGCUAACAUUCAACGCGACUGUGGUAUUCAACAAUGGCGGCUCCGGAGAAUUAACAGGAUCCGAGCAGACUCUAGUAAUCGGAGGGCUCCAGAUAAUAUCAACCAUUUUGUGCAUGCUGACGAUCGAUUAUUUGGGCCGCAGAAUACUUCUGGCAGUGUCUGGAAUGUUAAUGGGCGUAUUCAUGAUACUAUUUGGUUGGUAUAUAAACGUCCGAGAUGAAGAUCCGCAAUAUUACGAGGAAAUUUAUGGGUGGAUACCACCAACAUGUUUGGGAAUUUAUUUCAGUGCAUUCAAUCUCGGUUUAGGUCCAAUAUCAUGGUCCAUUUUGGGCGAUACAUUUCCCAACGAGAUCAAGACCUACGGCGCCUCAAGUGGUGCUUUUCUCAGCUGGUCCAUAUCACUGAUAGCCACAUUGACCUUCGGGGAACUUGCUCAGUCACUCGGGGUUUCAAAGACGAUGUGGCUAUUCGGUGGUUUCUCCUGUCUCGGAGCGAUAUUCUGCGGUGCUUUUGUACGUGAAACGAGAGGCGCGAGUUUGCCCGAUAUCCAGGACAAGUUUCAAAUUGAUCCGAUUCCACUCGACAGUAAUUUCCAACCGUAAAAAAUAACCGCACAUUAUUAUUAUCAUCAUCUUUUGUAUUUUAUUUUGUUCGAGUAGCAGUCAAUAAAAAAUUAUUUCACCGAUUGUUUGCAUUGAGUAUCAUGUGAUACUCAACUUAUAUUUGGAAACUGCCUCGAUGAUUUCGAACAU